CCUCAUCAGCAGCAGAGUGGGCUGGCUUGCUGCUGCAUUUCUCUCUCAUCUCUCUUUCUCCCUCCCCUCUAUGCAUCUCUUUCUCCUAACUCACACCUCCAGCUGCAUCUGGAGCCUGCAGAGUGGUAAGCAGGACGGGGCUGGUGCUAGCAGGUAGCAUGUUUAGUGCCAGGCGAGAACAGCCAGAAAAAACAACUUGAGACAACGUCGCAAUUGCACAGAACCGAUAAAAGACAAAGGAACAAAAAACAGAGCUGGAACGAGAGGAGGAGACACCUAGAGAAAAGGAGAGAUGACAGACCAGCACUAAAAAGGAUGAGAGCCCUGACCAUGCCUGCCUACUCUGCCUCUCUGCUCCUCCUGCUGCUGUGUGGCCUACUGGGAGGUUGGGUGCUGUCCAUUUGCCCCUCUGUGUGCUCCUGCAGCCAGGGACACCGUGUGGUGGAUUGCUCCUCACGUGGCCUGACCAAACUACCGCCUGGUCUGCAGCACAACAUCCACUUUCUCAAUCUCUCUUUUAAUAGCUUGCAGCUUCUGGACAGCCAGCUCAGCCACUAUGCCCACCUCCGAACCCUGGACCUGUCCUACAACCGCCUGGAGAGCUUGCCCCCCUCCUUGCCGCGCUCUCUGUGGGAUAUCCGCGCGGCAGGAAACCAUCUACGUUCGCUGGAUAAAAACGACACAGCUUAUCACUGGAAUCUGAAAGUACUGGACUUGUCAGACAAUGAGCUGGAGAGAGUGGUUUUCAUUAACAACACACUGCCGAGUCUCCAAGCUCUCAACCUCAGUCACAACAGGUUUUGGACAGUGCCCACAAAUAUGCCACACAACUUGGAGAGUAUUGAUUUGUCACAUAAUUAUCUGACACAGAUCCUGCCUGGAUCAUUGGAUCGGCUACCAAGGCUAGCCCAGUUUUAUUUGCAUGCUAAUCGCUUCUCAUGGUUGUCUGAAGGAAUCUUUAAUAAGUUGAAGGUGCUGGAAGUGAUGACUCUUGGGGAUAACCCCUGGGCUUGUGAAGAAGAAGAAAACAUAACAAGGCUCCUGAGAUGGGCUGAGCAGACCCAUGCAACCGUCUUAGGCUGCCCCUGUUAUACAAGACCCAUCUGUGGGCAAACCCAUCUGGGUACACCAGGGAGGGAGAGACACUCUGCACUGUUCACAGAGCCACCACUUUGGGUUAAUAGCAGAGGUGAAGGGCAUGGUGGUCAAUCGCCUGCAAGAACAGUAGAGGUUACGUCUAGUUACCAGGCAAAAUCUGCACUUUUUGGAACAGGAACGUAUCAGGACAAAAGAGAAGUGAAUGAAACUGGGGAUUACAAAGUGCUUGUUCGGACAACUUCCACAGGUUUUGACAGUAUCUCGACACACACAAGCACAACAGCAAGCCCACUGUCUACAACAAGGAAGCCUAAAGUAGCUAACUCACGGAAUAACGUUCAGGGACUCCUCGUUGAGACCCAACAAACUGUCACCAUGACUAUUUUAGUCAUGAUGACAGCUUUCAUCACCUUCUGAACUACACUGACGGCAUAAAGAACACACUACUCACUGGAUUAUUUUGAACUGUGAAUAUAUGACCAAGUAACUCCAUUUCGCACUCUUAAUUUUAAUUUUCCUUGUAAAAACUGUUGUGACUAUUACUGCCUUCCACCAGUUUAUCAUCAAUUUAAAAGAGCUCAACAUGCACAAUAUGACUGUUCAAACCCUGUACACAACCAUGAACUGUAUAAACUUACAAGAUAGAAAAGUACUCAAAAUAUCUGAAUGAAUCAACAGAAGUGGUUAUGUCAAUGCUCAACUCUCACAUCCUGAUUCCACCAGACACAGGUCUAUGAAUCAUGUCUGCCAUGUAGUUUUGUUCUGUCCUAUGCAUUGCUUCAUCCCCUACUGGGAGCGUUCGAAUAGCAAAGAACUUUCACCAGCUGAUUUUGUUGAUAUGCUCAGAUUUCGUUGAUUUGAUCAAUUAAGAUUCUUGUGCUUCUACUAUGAGUGAGGAGGAUAACUAUUUAAUUAGUUAUUUUUUUGUCUAUUUUUACCAUUGAUUUAUUUUGAAAAUUUACCAGAUUAUCUAUGUUGUUCCUGUUCCUGACGUCCUGCCUGGCUCAAUCUGCUAUGUGCAGCCUCACACGGCUAGAUGAGGCACUUUUGGUGGAAUUACAAGCAUUGUCCAGCAGCCAUGCCCAGCUGUCAGUGUAAUGCUUCCAUACUGACAGAAUGAGACUCACAGAUUAUGCACCAUGCUUUCUUUCUAAUAGUAGAUAGAUGCUUGUGCUACAUUUGGUCCUACCAAGUCAGUCAAAACAGGAUUGACAAUAUGCAUUACAUAACAUUUCAUAGCCCAUAUUUGCACACCAGGCUACACGCUCUGUCAGCAAGUAGUGAGGAGCCAAUAAUGUCUACACAAAAUAGAAAAAAGUUGCUAAUAAAGGGCUAGUUAAAUGAAAGAAAUAAAAGGAAAAAUAGAA